UGUGCCAAACAGUUUCAGUUCGUCACCAGUUGUCAUCGGUCUAAGUUUUACAAUCAAAAGAUUAACAGUUUCCUCGAUUGACCUCUGAGCACAGAAAUUUUAUAACAUGCUGAUUCAUAGCUGCGGUCCGGUUGUUAAACUUUGAAAUGUCUGAGUUAGAUCCUGCAAUCGUGAAAAAGACCCAAACCUCGCUGGGCAAGUACGUAAAGAAACCAGCCCUCACGGAUAAGCUUCUGAAGAAGCCACCUUUCCGGUUCCUGCACGACAUCAUCAACGUGGUCAUAAAGGAAACGGAAUUCUUCAAAGGAUUGUACACGCCUGAUGAGCUGGUGUCCGACAACAUAAAAGAUCGCGAUGCAAAAAUAGCUUUCCUGCAGAAGUUGGUCGAUGUGACUAAGUCCGUCACCGGAAGGGAGUUGAAGGUGCGACCAUCGAAAGUGGUGGCCGGACUUGAACCGGAAAAAACGAAUGAGCUGCUACAGGCCAUCGGUUAUGCUCUCGAUAACAAGCUAGACAGUGCGGGCGCAAUACAGUCUUACCUGAAGACGGAUGAUGCUGCUGACAUUGUGAAAGAAGAAGCUGUGAGAAACAGCGAACCCAAGGCAAAAGACGAGAAGAAGGAGAAGGUUAAGGAGAAAACUAAAGAAAAAGAAAAACCGAAAGACAAGGAAAAAGAAAAAAGUAAAGACAAGCCGAAGGAUAAAAUCAGAGAUGCUACAAAGAAAAAUGAAGCCAGUGGUGAGGCAAAAAAGGAAGAGGCUAAGAAGGAAGAUGCUAAAACAAAAAAGGACAAGAAUGAGAAAACUAGUAAAACUAAGGACAAGGAAAAAAACUCCGGUGUAACUAAAGUCGAGAAAACCAAAACAAGCAAAGUGGAAACGAAAAUUUCAUCGGAUAGGAAAAAGUUGGAAAAAUCAAGAUCUAAAGAUAAAGAGAAGGUGUUGAAACGAUCUGAAUCCAUUAAAGAAGAACCACAGGAGGUAGUCGAAAAACCACAACUGCAAACAAUAGCUCAAUCAACUGUUGAAGAGGCUUCGAGAGAACCGUCGGUGGCUCCAGAGAUAAAUGGCAAAAAACCAACAACACCUAAUCAGGAUGAAAUGGUAGCAGUCAUAGACGAAGAAGCUGAGCUAAGACGGAUGGAGCGAAACUCCAGUCGGCGAUCUUCGUUGAAAAAGCAAAACAGCCUAACGGCAUCGGAAAACAAUGCUUUAGCAGAUUUAAAUCAGUUCAACGGAUUGGAAAUACAAGGUCCUAGCCGCCAAAAUAGUGGCAUAAUGGCUGAGCCAAUAGCUCGCCACGAUUCAGAUCCCGUUGAAACGAUAGGCAAUGAUAGACUUUCGGCCAAACCACCCAUAAACCGACAACAGUCGGUUGAUAGUGUGAUGCGGCCUAGGACAAGUUUAAGGCCACCAAGUGUGAGACCUCCUUCGGCCAGACCAGGGGCACCUCGACGCAAAGAAAAGAACGUUGAGAUAAUUCUACAACCAAACGAAACUGCCAAGCUGGGCGAAAUCAACGUUAAAAUGGAAGUUUUCAACAACGACCUGCUCGACGAUGAUGGCGAAAACUUGAUCGUGAUCGAAGAUCCUACUCAAACGGGGGACGCUUACAGUGCCGGUACCGCCGAUAAAAUGGACGAAGUCAAAGAAGAGCAGGAGCAAGGGCAUUUGGUUCAACAGAUUCUGGAAACUCAGAAGGAAUUUUCCAACAUUGCGGGCCCGGAAACAGGCUCGAUGGAUUCGAUCAAAAAAGUUGAUAACGAGUGGAGCAACAGUCAGCGACAAUCAUCCGAGCGGCAAAUGGAAACGCUGAGGGAAUCGAUACAGAAGCUCACUCGAUCGGUAAAUCCUUUGGGAAAAUUGAUGGAUUUUCUCCAGGAAGACAUCGACUCGAUGGAACGCGAGCUCAGCAAUUGGCAGCAAAUUUAUUCGCGGUCAAUAGUUGAGCUGAACAAGGAACGCAGCGCCAACGAGAACGCCAUCGAACCACUGAAGCACCAGCUGGCGCAGAUCGAAACAAACAUCAAGGAGUACCGGGACCAGAUCGAUGACACCCGCGCUAACAUAUUACAAAAUGAGCAGAAAAUAGAGCGGCUCUAUAUGACGGAAAUAUGAGUCUUCGUAGUUGUUGAUUUUCUAUUCUACGAGUUGUUUGUAGUUUUUGAGAAAUAAUUUAGGGAUGAAACUUUAGCUAAGUAUAUCUUGAGAAGUUUCCA